GUCUCAACCUGCGCUUGAAACAUUCGCUCUUUACUUGGACUACACGGAUUGUGAAAAGACCUCCUUCGUGUUGCAAGUAAUCAGCAGAACACCGACAAGAUGUCUGGAAAGGACAGGAUCGACGUUUUCCCAUCCCGAAUGGCGCAGACCAUCAUGAAGGCCCGCAUGAAAGGCGCGCAGACGGGCCGCAACCUCCUCAAGAAGAAGUCGGACGCGCUUUCCAUGCGGUUCCGUCAGAUCCUUCGCAAAAUCAUCGAGACAAAGACCAAGAUGGGGGAGGUGAUGAGGGAGGCGGCUUUUUCUUUGGCUGAAGCCAAAUUCGCUGCCGGUGACUUCAGCACGACUGUCAUCCAGAACGUCAACAAAGCUCAGGUGAAGGUCCGUGCCAAAAAAGACAACGUGGCAGGCGUGACCCUGCCCGUUUUCGAGCACUACCAGGAAGGCGGAGACAGCUACGAGCUGACUGGUCUGGCCAGAGGAGGGGAGCAGCUGUCCAGGUUGAAGAGGAACUACGCCAGAGCUGUGGAGCUCCUCGUGGAGUUGGCCUCCCUGCAGACAUCUUUUGUCACUCUGGAUGAGGCCAUAAAGAUCACAAACCGCCGCGUGAAUGCAAUCGAGCACGUGAUUAUCCCUCGGAUCGACCGCACCUUGACUUACAUCAUUACGGAGCUGGACGAGAGGGAACGAGAGGAGUUCUACAGGCUGAAGAAGAUCCAGGAGAAGAAGAAGCAGCUGAGGGAGAGGACGGAGAAGGAGAUCGCCGCCCGUCUGGCCAAGCUGGGUCCCAUCGCGGAGCCCGCCAACAUGCUGACGGAAGAGACAGACGAAGACCUGCUGUUCGAGUAAAAGUCCCGUUGCCGAGGCAACCCUUACACCUAUUUAUCCCGCGCCUAUCAGGGCCGUGUCCAAGUCUUCUUGUGAAGGAAAUUGUGUGUUGUGAUUUGUUGUUGUGUCGAGACUGGGGGGGGGGGAAGCAAAAAUCAUGAAUUUCCAUCUUUGUACAGAACCAAGUGGAAAUGGAGAAAAUAGAGAUUGGCAAGUAAAUUAUGAUGAAUAAGUUUCUCCUCACAUUGUAUGCCGUACAUUUGAAAAUGGUUGGUGUGCGAGUGCCAUUGCUUAAAUUUACAAGACGUUUACCGAAUGCACAGGUGUCAAACUCGAGGACCGGGGGGCCAGAUCCGGCCCGCCGCAUUUUCUGCGGCCUGCGAAGGCAAAUGAUGUGCGUGAACGUCCAUGACUCUUGUUCAAAUCUAGACCAAAAUUUCAAAUUGUCAUAUCAUAAAUGCUAACGUUGACACAGGUUUCAAACCUGAGGCCCGGGGACCAGAGCCGGCCCACCGCAUUUAAUGCGGCCCGCGUCGGCAAAUCAUGUGCGUCAACUUCCAUGAUUCUUGUUUAAAUCUUGACCAAAAUUUAAAAUUGUUAUACCAUAAAUGAUAUUGUUGCAAUGAUGUUUUGUCUCACCAAACAUCAACCGUAGCUGAAAACCCCGUUACCCUUGAUUUCUGCUUGCAAAACUAGUUCAUAAAUAUCACGUGUAAAGUACGAUUAAAAAUUAUGGUUUCACAGUCAUAACGAACCUCUGAAUGCGACCCGUGACAAAAAUGAGUUUGACACCCCCUCCCCCCCGACCUAAUGCUGUAACAUUUCAACAUGUCAAAUAAAUAUAAAAAAAUAAAAUAAAAAGGCAUACUGGGUACUCAAA